UUCAGUCUACUUCGCAUGGCCGUUCUUCAUGAACACUUUGAUUCUGUUAAGUUUCUCUCAGUACACUGGCCGUUUCCGCUACUUGAUUUCAAAUGUUUACUCCAUGGGUACAGUUUGGUGCCAUUUGAAAAGCUGUUCUCUGCUGAAAAGUCAACUCUGCCAAACAGACUUGCUGCAUCAUUAGCUACGUGGUUACCUGAGAUGAGACAACAUUCUAACAUCCAGUGUCUAGACUUGUCAUCCAUUGAUACUGAUCCUGAUGGUACUUGUUCGUUUGCACAGGCUAGUAUUAAUUCCCUUGGUGUGUGUGAAGAGGAUGUAGAACUCUUAGUUGGACAGAUAUUAUGCAGACAAAUACCAUUCUUGUCUGAACCAAAAGGGAGAACUAUACGUGUGAAUUUAUGCUGCACGACUGAUAGAUACAUUGGUGAAGCUAAAGCACUAUUGAUAAUGGAUGCUCUUACCGUCAAGCAGUAUGCACCAAUCAAUUUGCAUUGCCGAGGUCUCAUCAUGACUGAGACGAUCUACAUCAAUUGUUUAUUCAAUUUUUUUCUUACAGAUUGUAACCCAUUUGGAAAUUGAUAACUGUAUAGAUCUACUACAGAUAUUUAACACCAUUCUAAGCCUUCAGUCUAUCAAGUCAUUGGAUCUACCGGAUU